CUUUUACAACAUGGACGCACAUACAACUCUCCACCUAUUAGAAUAACAACCCUUUCUUUUCUCUUCUCUCCCAUUUUUCAUUCUCUCUCUCUCUCUCUCUCUCUCAAUUUCAAUUCCAACGCCACCCCACAAUUCUACUACUUCACCUGCUCACACCUUCAUUCCCUUCCCAUAAUUCUACUUCCCCAUAAUCUGCAUAUCACUCAAGAUCCUCCUGAGUGGACCUUGAUGUGAUCAUUGAUAUUGGUGAAUAGGACCUUGUUGAUUUUGCCAAUGCUAAAUUUUUCUAGGGCCAGAAGUCAGCCAAGGGGAGCCAGAUCUAUGUCAUUAGGAGGUAUGGAUUAUGUGGAUCCAAAAAGGAAGGGAAAUUUUGCCGGAAAGGUUUUUCUUGUUGCAGCCUUAACAGCAUUAUGUAUUUUCGUGAUCAAGAGAUCUCCGUCUUUGAAUUCUCCUAGUCCGUUUUCUGUCCAUGAACCCGGGGUCACCCAUGUUUUAGUGACAGGAGGGGCAGGCUAUAUCGGUUCACAUGCUACCUUACGACUUCUGAAGGAAUCUUAUCGAGUCACCAUUGUGGAUAAUCUGUCGCGUGGAAAUUUGGGUGCCGUUAGGGUUCUUCAAGACUUAUUUCCAGAACCUGGAAGGCUUCAAUUUAUAUAUGCUGACUUGGGAGAUCGAAAGUCUGUUGAUAAAAUAUUUUUAGAGAAUAAGUUUGAUGCUGUGAUGCACUUUGCAGCUGUUGCAUAUGUGGGAGAAAGCACACUUUACCCUCUUAAGUAUUAUCACAAUAUUACAUCAAAUACCUUGUUGGUAUUGGAGGCUAUGACUAAAUAUAAUGUGAAGACAUUGAUAUAUUCAAGUACAUGUGCAACAUAUGGGGAACCUGAAAAGAUGCCUAUUACAGAAGUAACAGAACAGAAACCUAUCAAUCCGUAUGGAAAAGCCAAGAAGAUGGCAGAAGAUAUCAUCCUUGAUUUUUCUAAAACUUCCAAGAUGGCUGUAAUGAUUCUAAGAUAUUUCAAUGUGAUUGGAUCAGACCCAGAAGGGAGAUUAGGUGAGGCGCCAAGACCUGAACUUCGGGAACAUGGUCGAAUUUCAGGUGCCUGCUUUGAUGCAGCUCGCGGUAUUACACCUGGCUUAAAGGUUACAGGAACAGAUUAUAACACACCUGACGGAACAUGCAUUCGAGAUUACAUUGAUGUAACCGACCUUGUUGAUGCUCAUGUAAAAGCUCUCCAAAAGGCUAAACCCAGUAAAGUUGGGAUCUACAACGUUGGCACCGGAAAAGGCAGGUCAGUUAAGGAAUUUGUGAGUGCUUGUAAAGAGGCUACAGGGGUUGACAUCAAAGUAGACUUCCUUCCACGCCGGCCCGGCGAUUAUGCCGAGGUGUAUAGUGACCCGACAAAGAUCAGGCUUGAACUGAAUUGGACUGCACAACAUACUGACCUUAAAAAGAGCAUAGCGGUUGCAUGGAAAUGGCAAAAAUCUCGUCCUAAUGGUUAUGGCGUUUCGUCUACAAUCUGAAGUUCCUAGAGCUAUAGUAAGGCAUCCAUAGAAAGCUGCCAUGAUAUUGCUCUCAUACAUGGGCUGAUGAAUUUUUGUUCUUAGGGAGAUGGUAGUUCAUUCAUUAUACUUUACAUGUAUUCAACAUUAUGAUAAUUCAAUAAUAUAAUGUGCAGGCUCUGAUAUAGCUUUCCUUUCUGUCUUA